CGCUCCGCCUGGGAAAGUGGGUUAGGAAGGGAGCCGAGCGCUCAGAGACUGCUCAGCCGCUCGUCCGAGCAGGAGCAUCCACACGCCAGAGAAGAGGAGGAGGAGAAGGAGGAGGCGGUGGUGGUGGCGGCGGCGGCUGGAAAAGUCCCAGCCCCUCGCCUCAGGGGGGCUCGCUUGCCCUUUUGGAGCCCUUCAGGACUGCGUGCUGGUUUUGGCGUCGUCUCCCUCCCAGCCCCUCGGUGGCUUCCCCCCGCUUUUUUGCGCCACUUCUCUCCCGCGUUCGUUUGUCCCUCCGCCCGGGUUGUUUGGGGAGAGACUUUGUGCAACAACCCCGACACCGAUACCCCCCAACAAGAGACUUCGGUUUCCAAUCCUCAGGCAGGAGUCGUAAGAGAGAAGCCGCCAAAGAGGAGCCAGAGCGCGCGGAGAGCUCUGCCCAGCUCGAGAGGCAGAGUUGGACGUUCUUGUUUAUGAUUUGGCUCUCCCGAUCGCUGGUGGGAGGUUUUCCUCUCUCCUCCUGGCCGGCGUCCCCCUCCUGCUCCGCUUCCCUGGUCGGGGUGUAAAUCCCCAUCCUCCUCCACGCCCCGAGCGAGCGAGCGCGAGCGAGCGAGAGCGAGGAAAGUCCAUCCUCUGCAACUCCAGCCAUGGUGGGAAGGGCUCAGCCCGAUCGGAGACAAUUCCCGCUGGUCCUACUGAGAUUGCUCUGCCUUCUCCCUACAGGGCUGCCGGUCCGCAGCGUGGAUUAUAACCGAGGCACCGACAACAUCACCGUGAGGCAAGGGGACACAGCCAUCCUCAGGUGUUUUAUAGAAGACAAAAGCUCAAAGGUGGCCUGGUUAAAUCGUUCUGGCAUCAUUUUUGCUGGUCAGGAUAAGUGGUCCCUGGAUCCACGGGUAGAACUCCAGCAACUUUCUCUUCUGGAAUACAGCCUCCGGAUUCAGAAGGUGGAUGUCUAUGAUGAGGGGUCAUACACAUGCUCAGUUCAAACGCUGCAUCAUCCCAAGACUUCCCAGGUUUAUUUGAUCGUUCAAGUUCCACCAAAGAUCUCAAACAUAUCUUCAGAUGUCACUGUGAAUGAAGGCAGUAAUGUGACCCUGGUGUGUAUGGCAAAUGGACGCCCUGAACCUGUCAUUACCUGGAGACACCUCACCCCUACAGGCAGAGAAUUUGAAGGUGAGGAAGAGUUCCUGGAGAUCCUCGGAAUAACACGAGAACAGUCAGGAAAAUAUGAGUGCAAAGCUGCAAAUGAGGUUUCGACAGCAGAUGUCAAACAAGUCCGAGUCAUUGUGAAUUACCCUCCCACUAUUACGGAAUCCAAGAGCAAUGAAUCUGCUACAGGACGGCAAGCUUCUCUCAAAUGUGCAGCAUCUGCUGUGCCUUCACCUGAUUUUAUAUGGUUCAAAGAUGACACUAGGAUAAAUAAUGCCAAUGGCCUGGAGAUCAGGAGCACAGGGACCCAGUCCAUGCUGCUGGUGACCAAUGUCACUGAAGAACAUUAUGGCAACUACACCUGUGUGGCUACCAACACACUGGGAAACACAAAUGCUAGCCUAUUUCUUUACAAGAAAAUAUUACCCACACUCCCCAAUCCUUUUCCAGGACCCGGUACAGGGAUAGCAGGCAAUGGAUCAAUGUGUCUGGCCGUACCACUGUGGCUGUUGGCAGCGUCCCUUCUCUGCCUACUCAGCAAAUGUUAAUAACAUCUGAAUUUUCAAAAAAGGGGAAAAAAAUUAAAAACCCAGCAACAACAAGAACAACACACAAAGCAAAACAAAACAAAAAAGUGUCAUACAGGAGACAGAGCAAGAGAGAGGAGGGGAGAAAGGACAGUUUCUUUUGCAACUUUUGCGUGUACCGCAACAAAAGAGGAAAAUUUCAAUGAAGAAGAAUAAAGAAGAAUCAGCAACAUUUAUUAUAACAAACUAUCAAGUCACUGACCAUCCAGGAGUAUGGGAGACCAGAUGGAUCACUCUAUGGAGGCUGGAUCCUGCCAAGGAUGCCAAGAUGUUCUAAAAAGAAAUAUCAGCAAUGAAAUUAUUCUUAUUCUCUCCAUUCCCUCAUAUCAUUUCCUCCCUCCCUCCCUCCCUCCCUUCCUGGAAAUAGAUUGCUUUGAUGUUGAUAGCCACAAUCUUUUGAUUGGCUUGUUCAUUUCUUAAACUGAUAGUAUUUUCAGAUUUCCGGCAAACAGUGAUGCAGGUCUCUCUAGCAUACUGGUGUCCCAUGAAGAAACUCCACAUGGCCCUUAUCUCGUUGCCAUUCCUCUUAUGCUCACCUAUAUAUUUCUGUGCCCUUAGUUUUGAUUAUACUAAAGCAUACCAAUUUUAUUCACUUGCCCUUUUGUUUUUGCCAGACCUGCUUCCUUCCCUCUCUUGUGUAUUGUGUAUGCAUCCAUCUCUCUCUCUCUCUCUCUCUCUCUCUCUCUCUCUCUCUCUCUCUCUCUCUCUCUCUCAGAGGAAAUGGUUCCUGUGUACAUAUGCUCACCAUGCUGUAGAUAAUUUGCAUUGUACAUGAGGUUGAAAAUUUGCUUGGAUGUGAAAGCAGGUGAUGGGGAGAUGGGGAGACAAACAAUGGUUUGCCCAGCUGAAUUUUGCCAUGGUUUCUUAUUGGGAUACCUGUUUUGAAGAGCUUAUCUUUAACCUUCUCCUGUUGCCCAACCCAGUUCAACUGGGUAGCAUUCAAGUGUAAUAUGUACAUUGUCCCUAUUACUCAUCAUUUUUUCUGCAUCCAAGCAGGACUGGCUAGCCUUUAGGCACAUAGAUAGCUGAGCCCUGAGGGCUGCUUAAUUAUACAAAUGUUUGGAAGCAUAAGAAUCUAGAAUUUAAAAGAGGUUUAUAGCUAGUGCAGCUCAUGGUUUGAAUAAAUGUUUGGUAAAUAUAUCUUAGCAGAAGAGCUGGUUGUUGAGAAGAUCCAGUCUAUCCAGAGCAGAGCCUCUCAGGCAAGAGAAUGGAAAGACCUACAGGAGCAGCUCAGCAAAGGCCAGGCAGGGACAGGUCUAGUCAAAGAUGUGAGGGAAAUAAAAUGAGAUCCAGAAAGCUUCAGUAGAAGGUUCUGGAAGCCACAAAUUAACUUGGGUUCUGUUGCACAAGAAUAAGUUAGAGUAAGUUAGCAGAAAGUAAAAUCCUACUUUCACAGAACAAAGAGUUCCAGAAGCUAGGCCAGAAUGUUCCAUGGAGGAGCCAACACAGGAUGUGUUACCAGCCAGUGCUUCUCACGGAGUACUUAGCUUGGCUGCUCAGCACCAUAGUAGUAGCUCUGCCCCUUGGUCUUGAUCCUUCAACCAUCUGGCUAGACUCCACUUGCUUUCGUGGGCAUUUGGGAGGGACUUGAACUGCAAUGGGCGGAAUCAAAAUGGGCUCCCUCACUGAAGUCGUUCAUAGGGACCUGUUGGGUAAGCAGAUAGUACCAAAAGGAGGGGUGUCACAGGGCAAGCCUUUCAUAUGAAGAAAGUAGAUGCAUCCUCCUCCAUUCGGGUUGUUUGUGUGUGACUGUUAUGCUGCUGUUCUUGAGCCUGACCUGCUUUCCAAAGAAACAGUCCAUUUAUUCCUCUGAUAAGGCCCCUCCUCAGUCUCAGGCAGUUGCAUUACACCCAACACCUGACAAUACAUAAACAUGUUAUGGAAAUAAAACAAACCCUCUUAUGAUUAUGCUACAGUAAAUGUCAUUCUGCCAAAAAACAAAAAACAAAAAACCCACAACAACCCAACCCCCACCACCAUACUACUACCACUACUACUAUUUCACCUUUGAUUUUAGACUCUUUAAAAAGCUAGAAAGACAGAAUGUGUCUAAGAUUUGGAGACUUCUCCAAAGCAGAGGGCUGCCGAGAAAAGGAUUGUCAGCUAAAGGCAUAAAUCCACUGGUGUCUCGUUUACUUACUUUACUGUGUUAAACCUUUUUUUAAAAAAAUACAAUUGACAUUCCUAUCACAGAAGGCAUUCCUAUCACAGAAGGCAUUCAAGUGCAAGAGUCUGAUUGGAAACAAAUUAGUAUAGUAACUGCAUAUGGAGAUGGGGAGGAGUGAUUGUGCCAGAACCCAGGUCACUGGGACCUGUGCGUUCUUCCUGCUGUAAGCUAGUACUUUAUGUUUCAGUAAUUGACUUGCCCUGGUUUGUUACUGAAAAUUGGGCAAACAUAAAUUUGACCAUAUUCAUUUAACUCUCUUUUGCUAUGUGGAAUAUUUCAGAAAGGGUCAAGUUGAAGUAAUCGGGGUUCAAAACUCCUGGCCCAAUGUAGUUGCCUGGGUUUUUAGAGACUGCAAAUGCAAUACUGCUUGUAGUAGUGCUGCAGUGCAAAAAGAAGCCAGAUAUAUCAAAUAUCCCAGUCACAAAACUAUGAAGCCCCAGAGCUAAUGUACCAGCAUUUUGUCCCGAGCUACUAUUUUGGUUAGAUUCACAAGUGCAAUUCAGCUGCAUGGUCUCAGACUCUUCAGCAUGGGUUCUGAAAAGAACACCUGGAUUGGCAUGGAUUUUCCUGUGGGAACUGUUGUUACCUCAUCUCCAAAAGAUGUAGUGGGUAGGCUUCUGAAACUGCAAGAGGGAAAUCCACACCUACAUUGGCUGUUGCUCUCUCAAUGGCUUUCAUUCCACUGAAUUGCUAAGCAACCAAAAUCCCCUUCUCUCCCAUUGCAAAUCUGCCAUCACUUAGCAGAAAAGGCAAAUGGGUGGUGCUAUCCUCUAAUGCGAUCCCUAUAUUACCAAAAGGGAUGCUUUUAUGCUUGGAAAUACUUUCAAAGCAAAAUGUAUGUGUGCCUGUGUGCAUUAAAUCCAUCCUUUUACUAUAAUGAGUACCAGCCCUUUUGCAAAGAGAUCCUUGUAGCUCCAUGCCUGCACAGCAAGACAGCUCUCACCUUGAUCAACAGCAUGGCAGCAUCCUCUCCUGCUGCUUUAGCGAUUUAUUUUCUGCUGAAGUCUGCACUUUGGGGCAGAUACGGACAGUCAAUUAAGCAGGCAGUCAGGCUUCCCAGUACCAUCCUUCCAAGGCACACAAUUUACUAUUAGACAGUAAAUAUUCUGUAAAAGCAGGAAGCAGAGCAGAGAGGUGAGGGUGUGUAUGAUAUGGGAUUAGACAAAAGAGGGCAUUGCAUGUUCUUCAGUGCUAGGGGAAUAGCUAACAAUGUUGCUGCAGUGCUGUACACAUGCAGUGCUGUACACAUGUGUGCACAUGCACACACGCACACACGUUAUAUACAUGAUAAAAGCAGAUACCACUACUAUGAAUAAAAGCAUCUUGAAGCCUGGCAGAAUCUCCCAACCACAACUUGGUAUUCUUUCACUCUGCUUCAACAAUUAGGAGCAUAGCUACUGCCCCAGAACAUCCCUGUGAGAAGCCAAUCAUGUGGACUCAACAGACUGCCCUGGUCCUCUGUUAGUUGCUGUCACCCAUGUAAUGUAGAUCAGCAUAGAUGGAAAAUCCAACAUAUUUGAACUGUAGGAAACAGAAGCAUCAAAGCAGCAUUCCUGAAAACUGCUUGUAGAAUCCAUUUGGCUGAUUCAAAAGGCUGAUGAGUAGUUUGGCCAACUGGGGUAGUUUGGGUAGUUUGGCCAAAGGGCAACGUUGGGGGCUCCUUUUUGUGCAGGAAGUUGUUAAAGUGAUGAGAAGCUGGUUUUAACCACACCAGCAAACCCCAUUUUUUCAUAUGAAUCAGGCUUUAGCCUUUAUGUAAUUACUAGCCACUUUUUCUUGGAUUGUGAGUUCUCAAGCUUUGUUCAGAACCUGUCAUGGCUUCUAGUAGUAUGAACCUAGGGGAGGAAAAACACUAAGGCUGUUUUCACGAGCAGCCUAGCCCAGGCUAGGGCUCAUGUAGAGUGCCAGGAUCCUCACCGAUCCGCCCAGCCUUACCCAAAUUCUUAGCCCUGCUCUUAGCCAUGGUUAAGGGCACAAGCGUACCUUCAACCUAGCUUCUGGAAUCGUGUGUCUCCUUGGGCUUCACAGAGAUGGGUGCCUAUAGCACCAGUCUGAUGGGAGAAUCCCCCAAGGCACCUUGCUCAUCUUGUGAUGCCUUGUGGGGUUUUUGUAGGCCAGGAAAAUGGGCCCCGACCUCCGUUGAUCUGCAUUGCCAGAAGCAAUGUGGAUUAUGUGGCUGCAGAGCUCGCAUGCUGACAACACAAAGACCAAAUGUCUGGGGGAAGGUAGGUUGAACUCUGCCUCCCCCCGCCACCCUCUCCACCCUGGUAUUGGUCGUGAGAACCAAUAAAAACACAAUGUGCCACCCAUGGAAGGUGAUGCACACAUGCUGGUUCCAUGCUAGUCUAAACCGUAUCCUUGCUGCUAGAGUGCUUAGAGAGCCUCUGUGGCUCCUAAGAAUUGUUCACAUGCUGUAGCAAUGCAGCUCCAAUUAAUCGCAAUGGGAGCAGUGUUGCUAUGGUGAUGCAAUUCUUAGGAGCCAUGGAGGCUCUCUGAGCUCCCUAGCACGGAGGAUGCAGUUUGUAUUAGCACAGAGCCACUGCACGUGCAUCCCCCUUCCAUUGGUAGCACAAUUGGUAGCACAAUUCACUAUAUGUAAGCCUCUCCCAAGAAUUAAUAAAUACCUAGUAUCCACAUGGCUUCCAGAGGUAGGGUUAUUUGCAUCCUGAGGCUCUGACUGCAUAUUACAUGCAAAUGCAUGUAAUGAAACCUUGCCGAACCACUUCCUUGUUACAAAGCAGCAUUAAGAGGGGUUAUUUGGAAUUGAAAAGCAAUGGGGAGGGAGAGACUGCUAUAGUCUGCUCUCAUCUACCACUUUUUCUUUUUCUCCCCCCCCCCCCCAUCCUUGGGGUUCCAUAUGGCUGUCACCCUUACCAACACAUCUGGAAACUCACGUUGGAAAAGCGGCUUUGCUAAAAAUUGUUUCCAAGGCCACUUUCCCUACCAUGAAUUUCCAAAUGUGUUCGUAAGGGUGGCAGCCAUAUGGAACCCCAAGGACAGAAAAGAAGCUGAGGAGGCCAUUUUCAGUGGAAAAAUGGGGAAGUAAUGAGCACCCUUCUUUUGCUGUUCUACUUCAACUUUGCUGCUCUACUUCAACUCACCCAUUCUUAAGCUGCUUUUCCAUGCAGGGAGCAGAUGUUGGGAUGUGUUACUUACAUCUGUGUGUACAAUGUACUUCUAUUAGCCAAUGGUCUGACUUGAUAUGAGGCAGCUUCUUAUGUUCCUACGGGCUACGUGUUCCUAAGGGUACGAUAAAUUUAUAGCUGAAAGUUGUCAGAAUUUUCCAUUUGCAAUAUUAUAUCUGGGACCUGAAAUUAAGCCUUCCCACCACUUACACUCAAAUAUGCCAGUGUUCAACAUUUGAACCUGUAGAAUUUUACCUAUCAAACACCUUAAUAAUAAAUAUAAUAUGUAAAGCAGUCUGCCAUCCUUGGACCUUGAGAUAAAGUUAUCAGGGUUGUUGGAUUUCCCAUGGGGGUUUCAGGUGUGAAAUCCUCCUUCACAGAUUCUCCUCCUUCCUCUGUGAAUUCAGAGCUAAGGCUGACCAGACCAUCAAAUAAAAUUAUCCCUUAAGAAAUCUAUCAUACAUGUCUUCUUCUUCUUCUUCUUCUUCUUCUUCUUCUUCUUCUUCUUCUUCUUCUUCUUCUUCUUCUUCUUCUUCUUCUUCUUCUUCUUUGUGACAAUAGCAUCUCCAUUUAAAGGUGGUGGGAGAGAGAGAGGAGGAGGAGGGGUGUGCAUGAAUUUGUGUAUAUAUGUGCAUCCAUCAGCCCCACAAGAGUUUGGUCCCUGGCUGUAGGUUACAAGUUCCACUUCCUCAUAUAGCAGCUGACUUUGAGGUGGAAAAAAUGCCACAAGUUCUCAUUCACUUUAAGAGGUUUUCUGAAAGAGCUCUUAUGCCAUAUGGUCAUAAAUUGCCACUUGCAUUUCCCAUAGUAUAGGAAUUUGCAGUUCUACCAUGAGAUGUACCUUCAUGAAAUCAUUUUACUGAGCCAGAACUGAAUGGAAGAGUUACCUCUUGGUGUCAUUUCUAAUUCCAAGCUGGUUGUGCGAAUAGCUAUCAAUGGAACAACUCUUUUUCCUAGAUUUCAAAACCCUCUAACUAGUCAUUGAAUAGGUUUAUAAUGCUUGGGAGCAACCAGUAGGACUGGUACAUGUAAUAGAGACAGCCAUCGAUUCAGCAAUUUUAGCCCAGCCUCUGGCAGAGUGAAAUGUAAGAUUAUCCACAAUUUUUAUUGCAGUGAUAUUAAUCAAGACAUUGGUAUCCAGAAAUGGUUGAGAAGUAGUCAUUUAUGGAUGUGAGAAGGUUUAAGGUCAAAGAGAGAACUGAAAAGAAGAUUUGGGACUGGGAGGGAUAUGUUAUAUUAAACCUCUUUAAUUUCUAUGGCAGGCCAGGCAGUGUGACACAAUACAAUUAAAGGCUAUGCACACGAGGACAAUUGGAAUCACAUACACUUCAGUGACAUCUGGAUGUAGUUACAUAAGUUUCAUCUAUACCACCAGGCAUCUCUAUGGGUAUGGCUGAAAACCAUGAUAAACACAUGAGACACAUGUCUAUUUGUGACCUAGGGACUGGAGGCACUACGUCAGCUUUUGGAACAGAGUCAAACUUUCCCUUUGGUUAUACCUCUGAGUGUGGACUCAGCCUUCAGCCAGGAUUCUUAAGAUGUGAGCACACAAAUCCAGUGGCACAUCUAGUGCAUUAAGAAAGGAGUUAAACUAUGUUCAUUUUCUUCCCCACAUGCAGUGUUUCACAUCCCUAACAUUGUCCCUUAUCAAUGUCAUAUCUGCACUUCUGUUUUGCUAUACUAGGGCCAUUCACAAAUGUUGGGCUGAAUGCACUGUUUUGUUAUUGUAGGGUUGCUGAUGAACACUGUGCUACUGGCAGCGAUGUGUUUUUUUAGAAUAAGAAAAAAGAAGACUCAAAUCUUAUGUUUUUUAAAGUAUACUUGUAAAAUAACAAAAAAAAAAGAGUGCAAAAACACAGGGUUUUCCUUAGACAGGAUAAGAUGGGCUGAAGGAGGAAACAGGAGGAAACUUGGUCUGACUUCAGGGCUGGAAAAGAGGAAUGUGAAUCAAAAUUCCCCAGACACUCUGUCACUGACUCAUUAUGGGACCUUGGUCAACUCAUUAAUCUAUACUAUGCCCAAGCUUCUCCUCUGUAUAAUGGAGGAAGUAUACUGUGGCACUUUAAAGAAAAAUUGCACAUGAAUAACAAUUUUCUGUAAAGUUUUUAGCAAUCUUUAUUUAAUAAGAGAACCAUGGGUGGUAUUUGGUUUGAGGAAUAAUUAUUUAGUUUUCUGCCAUACUCCAGAAAGUCAGAUGUUCUCUUUAUGCUUCCUGAAAGGUGCUGACACCUCACUGGCUGUCGAACACUUUUCUUUACCACUAAGGCCAAUAGGUAUUCUCAGGAGUCCAAAAAAAAAAAAAGUGACUUGGCGGUUCCUCUGGGUAAAUUCACCUGAAGGUGUUUCAUACUUUGUUUCGGCUCUUUUCUCUCAUGCUGUCCCUGUUUUCCUGUUUCCCUUUCCCCUUCACAGCCCUAUAAAGCUACAGCCUGUCUCUGUGCCUGAGUGGUGAUUCAGAACGGGACACCAGUUCCUUGAGACUGUAGGUGUAAUUGUGUUUGAUUGAUGGAAGUUUAACAUUUAGUGUUAUAAAAACAAAAAUACAAAAAAAAUUGUAUUUCUUCUACAAGUUUGUAAAUAUAUGAGAGAGACAUGAAAUGUCCAGUAAUGUCCAUGCAGAGGAAGAAACACUUAAAAUUUGAAGAUGACCCCUUUACUUGCUAGCAGAUAUCUAACUUUUUUUCAAAAGACUGGGGGUGGGGGGUUAAUGGGAGGGGGAAGCAUGCUUCUUUCACAAAGUAUCCAGAGAGUAGCGAGGCAGCCAUCUUGGAGGAGGUCAAGUAUAGGCUUGAUUGGAAAUGCAUCAUCAUUUGUAUGUGUUUUGCUGUGUGGCAAAUGGUGCAGUUACAGAUGACAGUAAAUUUCUGGGGAGGCAAAUCUGAAGGUUUCUGUGUAUGUUGAUAGCCUGAUUGUUUUCCAGCCCACAGCUUUGGGGUUCAUAAAUGAGAAACAGAAACCUCUCUCCUCACAACCAACACGUUAUGCAUGUUGGAUCCUAUCAAAUGAUACCAUUUUGUGAAAGUCAAGGAUGCAAUUCUGACUCAAGUGAAGAUGACUGGGGUUUGAUAAAUGAUGGCAAUGAAGUUAGGAUUAUGCCUUCCAUACAGAAUUAAUGAAGUAAACUUCUUUUAUCAUGAAACUUGUCAAGCACUUCAAACUUACAUAAAAUAGUGGAGGUUGCACCAACUUUUUGGGGGGACUGAUGGGCAUUUAAGAUAGCCAGAGAGAGCCAGAGCUACUUUUGCUUUCAGUCACACCAAAGGAGACCUCCAUACAUCAUGCACUGUAAUUCCUUGAUAUCUCCCCAAGAAAGCACCCAGGUGAAUGGAGAGGAAGUUACUCCUUGCUAGUACAAUCCACUGUACCAGUUUAUCACAUAACCCCAAUGAUCCACAACUGAUGUUAUAAAUUUAAUUUUAUAGCUUCUAUUUUCUUCUACCUUAUUCUGGUCAAAAGCUGAAAUAAAUAUAUUGAUACUGAUAAAUGCACAUCACAGACAACACCUAAAUGUCCCAUGAAAGUAAAUUAUGUGGUGCUUGGUGCAGGAUGGUGAGAGAUGGACACUUCCAUUCUCUCUGAUACUGAGAGGGAACAUAUCUUAUUUCAUUCUUCAGUCAAAUGCACAGAACAUGGAAAGGAAUCUUUUACAAGAAUUUCCCAUAAUGGUGAUCAGAAAGCUUUGGGUAUGGAAGGCAUGUUGAUCCCAAUCAAUUAAAUAUUAGUCAGAUUUUUUCUUUUCUUAAAAAAGAAAAAAAAAACCAACUAUGCAAGACUUGAACCCUUGCAUGUGCAUGCAUCUACAUAAACUGAUCAAAGAGGUGAAAGGGAGAGGGAAGGUUAUGAACAGAGUAAUACCCAAGUUGCUCUGCUUACAGAUGUACACCUCGUGUUCAUAGACUAUAUAUAGAAUAUUCCCUUCUUGCAAAUGGGAAAUGUGCAUACUGCAGAAAGGCUGCAUUUAUCUGUCCCUUUAAGGAUCUAACCCUAUUAAGGACACACAGUGAUCUUGAUGAUAUGAAUGUGUGAUAGCUUUAAAUGCUUAGUGACUGCCGUUUGUGUUAAUCAUAGCAAAUUAGCCAGAACCAGUGAAAGGUAUCUGCCUCUCUACCACCAAUAUUGAGAAUAUAUUAUAUCAUGGUAGAAGAAUAGGAAUGGCUUGAGUCAAUCCAAAGGAAGGCUAUCUACUAAGCACAUCAACUCAAUCAGUUUCUCAUGGAGUCAAAAACAAUACAGAAUUUCUGCUUAUUUCUCAACUGUAUGUGAGAUACCUUCACUGAGGUAUCAACCUUCAAGCACCACAAAGGGAGCUUUCACAAGUGGCCCUAUAAUGCAUGUCCCUUUCCGUGGGGGGGGGACCCUUCUGAAUUCUGAUUACAUGUUAUAUAUUGCCACAAAUUGCUGUUUAACAUUCAUUUAAGGGACCCAGGAAAUGAAAUUGUAAAUUAAGUGCAUGAAACCCUUAGCAUCAUAACAAAUCAUGCACAUUGCCCGCACAUGGAAACCAAGGCCACCCUGAACUUUGAGUAAGGGCAGGAUAAACAUGUAGUAAAUACAAUAUAAAAUGCGGCUCAGUGUGAUAUCAUCCUGGAGAUGCAGGAAAUGGGAAAAGUCAUUUUUGUUUAGUUUCUUGUGAAAGUCACCAAAGAUGUUUGUGGAAAUCAGUGGGAUUCUAUUCAGAAUGACAUCCUCUGCCUUUGGAUGCUUCUGUAAUUCCUAGUACCUCAGUGGACUCUGUGUUUGUACCAGCAGCCAACAUGAAACGUAAUGAUAUGCAAGGACCAUGACCGCCUAAUUACUCUUUCACGGAAAGACUAUCUCAAAUGGGGGCAUUUUCGCUGUGGCGAUCUUAUCUGCUCCCCAUUUUGGCCACACAAACACACUCACUUGUACACAUAAAAAUGCCACCACAAAGCAUUCCACACCCUGCUUCCUAAACUAUUACCACCCAGUAACACAUUCACCUUCUCCAUCUUUCCCUGUGACACAUGCAACCUGACACAGACUUGCUCAACAUGCUUUUAAAAUUAUCUGUAUAAUAAAAGUCAUAAGCUUUGCGAUUCUUAGUGAACUCCUGCUAACAAGGAAAGGGUUAUACAGGAAAGGGCAGGGAGAGGAUGGAACUGUUGACCCCAGCAACUCCCGGCUCUCUCUAUGUCCCCAGCUGCAGCCAAAUUUUUUCCUCCAGGGCUUUGGGAGGAUAUCCAGUCUCUUCUUGCUGCACUGCUGGGCAGUUAGAAUUCUCCUCAUUAACAGUGUUAUAUACAUAUAAAUAUAUAUAUAUAUCUAUAUCUUUAUAUAUAUUUUUCCCCAGCACCGUAGACAUGAUCUGAACUUCUCUUUAACGAAACAAGAACGCGGCCAUUCUAUUUUUUUUCUGUCAGUUUUUCAAAAACUAGCUCUGUGGAAGAAAAUUUUAAAAGCGCAGUGUGUGUGUAAAAAAAAAAUUGACAAAAGCUCUUUUUUCUUUUUUCCUUUUCUUUUCUCAAUGUAUUUAACUUCUGUUUUUGUGUCUCUGUUUAUUUACAUCUAUGAAUGCUCUGCUCUUCUGUGGUCUUAAAAAAAAUACAAAAACCCACAAAAAACAAAAACGAAAUAAACGUGAAAAGGAAGAGAUGAGUCUUCA